CGCGGGGUCGCUGGGCGCGAGGGCGCGCGGAACCGCCGCCGGAUGCUGCUGGGAGACCAUCCCGGAGCCGUUCGCGUUCCCAGCGCAGCCGGCGCAGGUGUUCACUGCCCCUGCUUUCCAAGCCCCUCAGGUGACCUCUCAGCCAGGUGUGACUUCAUCCCCAGAGCUUCUGGACUCCUCUUCCCCCUACUCCCCCCUCCCGAGAUGCUAUCAGACUAAUUUUCAAAAAUGCCAAGUAGGAAAUUUGCUGAUGGUGAAGUGGUAAGGGGUCGAUGGCCUGGGAGCUCACUUUAUUAUGAAGUGGAAAUUCUGAGCCAUGACAGUGGCUCCCAGCUUUACACCGUAAGAUACAAAGAUGGAACCGAACUUGAACUGAAAGAGAAUGAUGUCAAGCCUUUAACUUCCUUUAGGCAAAGGAAAAGUGGCUCCCUGUCCAGUUCGUCCUCCAGACGCCGGGGGAGUAGGUCAAGGUCGCGCUCCAGGUCCCCUGGCCGGCAGCCUAAAAGUUCCCGCAGAUCUGCCUCAGCUUCGCACCAAGCCGACAUUAAGGAGGCCAGGAAGGACUUGUUGGAAGUUAAACUGACUCCACUGGUGUUGAAGCCAUUUGGAAAUAGCAUCCACAGAUACAAUGGGGAGUCGGAGCACAUAGAGAGGAAUGACAUACCUCACAAAAAAACACAGGAAAAAUUCCAUGCAUCACAAGAAAGUAGUUAUAUACCUACACAGUAUAGCCUUCGUCCAAGAAGAGAAGAGAUCAAAUUAAAAGAAAUAGAUUCUAAGGAAGAAGAAAUUGUUACAAAAGGACCUCCAUCACGGAAGACCUUUGAAGUGACAGCCCCGAAGACAAAGGACUUAGAGUUUGGAGGGUUACCUGGUGUGUUUCUCAUCAUGCUGGGCCUGCCCGCUGUCGUCUUCCUGUUGCUGUUGAUGAGUAAACAGAGAGACCCCAGUCUUCUGAACUUUCCUCCUCCUUUGCCAGCAUUGAGUGAUUUAUGGGAAGCCAGAGUGUUUGGGGCCUACCUCCUCUGGUUUUUCCUUCAGGUUCUGUUCUACCUACUGCCGGUUGGGAAGGUUGUAGAAGGAACACCUCUUGCUGAUGGAAGAAGACUCAAGUAUAGAUUAAAUGGGUUCUUUGCCUUUGUGCUGACGUCUGUCCUCGUGGGCACAGCUGUCUCCCAGGGCAUGGAGCUUCACCGCGUGCAUGGGCACCUCCUUCAGCUGGCGCUGUCUGCCACCUUGGUGGCUGCAGUCCUGAGUGUCUACCUGCACGUGCGGGCGCGGGGGGUACCCUGCGAGGCACUGGCUCUCGCCAGCUCCGGGAAUGCCAUCUAUGAUUUCUUCAUUGGCCGUGAGCUCAAUCCUCGCAUCGGCACGUUUGAUCUCAAAUACUUCUGUGAAUUGCGCCCGGGAUUGAUUGGAUGGUUGGUCAUUAACCUGGCGAUGCUUCUGGCUGAGAUGAAGCUCCAUAGCCAUGCUGCCCCGUCCUUAGCCAUGAUCUUGAUUAACAGUUUCCAGCUCUUGUAUGUGGUGGACGCUCUCUGGAAUGAGGAAGCAUUGUUGACAACUAUGGACAUCAUCCACGAUGGGUUCGGGUUCAUGCUGGCUUUUGGAGACUUAGUGUGGGUUCCGUUUAUCUACAGCUUCCAGGCCGUUUACUUAGUCAGUCAUCCAAACGAAGUGUCUUGGCCAGUUGCCUGUCUGAUUAUCGCUCUGAAACUUUGUGGAUAUAUAAUCUUCCGAUGUGCAAAUUCUCAGAAAAAUGCAUUCCGGAAAAAUCCCACUGAUCCAAAGCUUGCACAUUUAAAAACCAUUCGUACAUCAACUGGAAAAAAUCUUCUAGUUUCUGGAUGGUGGGGCUUCGUUCGCCAUCCCAAUUACUUGGGUGACCUCAUCAUGGCCCUGGCGUGGUCUCUCCCUUGUGGUUUUAAUCAUAUUCUGCCUUAUUUCUAUGUGAUUUAUUUCACCAUGCUACUUGUCCACCGAGAAGCUCCUCGUGAUGAACGCCGCUGUGAGAAGAAAUACGGCUUGGCUUGGGAACAGUAUUGCCAGCGUGUGCCAUACCGUAUAUUUCCAUACAUUUACUAACUGUGGUUCUAGCGUAUUUUUUAAAUGCUCCUGCAGUUCUGGCUUCCAUUUUCAAAACAAGAAAAAAAUCCAAAACAAAUCUCCUUUCGGUGCACUGAUAGGCUAAGUUUUUUAUUUCUUUUUGAGUCAGGACUAUAGAGCCUAGUAGUAAAUAUUUUAACAUAGCUGUGUUUAUUUUUGUGAAAUCACAACAAUUAACAUAAGGAAAAAUAUAAAUAAAUUUGCAUUCUAAUAGGAAAAUUUCAGUUCCAAUCUUAAAACAGCAGAUGGCCUUAUAAAUGUACUGAAAAGAGUGCUAUUGAUGUUUAUUCUGAUAACUUUUCAGAUUUUGAUAUUUUUGUUUUGUCCAUUGUUUUUUGUUAAAUGAAGAUACAUAUAAAGUACAUUUAUAUAUUACCGUAUAGAAUUUUCAUUCGUUUCCCUUUCAGUUAAACCAUUUAUUAGUUCUGUGAUUUGAAAGUAAAAACCAGUUGUGUAUUAAAUGCCACAUGUGAAGAGGGAUGACAGAUUAGCAGACACUGUUUAAGGGGCACAGUAUAGCAGUUUGAUUAACUUCAACUUCUAAAACUACAUUUGAAAAUGUAAAUACAUAACUUUUAUGUAAUGUAUAGUGACUUCAUAUUUUUCUGUACAGUAUUUUGAAUGUGAAAUAAUUGUCAGGACUAAGUAUCUUUUAAACAGAAACAUUUACAGUAUUUUAAAUUAAGUUUUGUAAAGUAAUACAUGUGAGUUAAAAAUUUUGAAACAAUUAGAAUUCAUUUAGUAUUGUAUAAAAGAUACUAUCAAAACAUAGGAAGGGUAUUUUUCUCAAUCCAAAGUUUGUGAAUUUAGCUUCGCUACCUCAACAAGUGUUUGUUUGCCUUUAUGAACUAUUGCAAAUGAAAAUAUAUAUAUAUAUUUUGAGUAACAAAAUAUAUAUAUUUUGAGUAACAUCACUAUUUAAACAUUUUUAUACAUAUUGGUAUUUGGAAAUUUGCCAUUUCAGGUUAAUAUUUUUUGUAUGUUUUGACUUUUAAAAGUUAAACUGUUUUUGCUACUGUUCAGCUCAUGUAGUUUAUACUGUAUUUUAUACAUUGUUUAUAUUUAACAAAGCUCUGUUCCCUUCAUCUUUAGACAUCUGUUCAUCUAAAAACAAUUUAAGGGAAUAGUUUAAAAUCAUUUUUGUCUUUUGGUUUAAUAGAUGUGCAUAAGGUAGUUUUAGCUGUUAGAUUCUAGGUAAGUUGAAUAGUCCCAUUAUUAAUUGUCCUAUAAUGGAACAGUAGCAAAUUCACUAAACUUUUGUAUUCAAAGUUAAUGUUCUCAGUAUCUUAAACAUAGGGGAAUCUAAUAAAUAUAGUGUGUAUGCUUGGGUUUUUAGUGACACAUUUUAUAUAAGAGACAUUUAGAUAUGCAAUGUUCAUUUUCCACUGUGAUUUGGAGUGUAUGGAACUUAGCUUAUGUUAAUGUAAUCAUGAAGUAGAUUUGCUCUAACAUUCUGUAUCCUGUAGUCUUUAAACAGGUGUUUUGGUGAAAUUGCCAGGGUUUAUUAGUACCAGUGUACACAGGCAGUUUUUUUAUUAUGCUUGCCUCCUAGCAUUGGGAAUGGUGCCCCAGCAUAUUCUGCCAACUGUACUCACCGAGGAGGCUUUGGAGGGGAGGAAGGACAUUUCUCUCUUUCUCUGGUUAUGAGGAAAGAGCCUGUUGCCAACAGAGUGCUGCAAAUUCUAGAUAAUAGCUGCAAUUUGUUUUUGUUUUUGACAUGUUUAUUUGACCAGUUUUAUUAUGAAGUUUUAAGUUGGAAAUAAAAAGACAUUACUUUGA